ACGCGGACAGCGGUGCAGUGACAGUCGCGUGUUGCUGUACUUUUAGACAACUAUCUUUAGCUUCUUCUAAAAAUGUUGGUUACAUUAGCUACCACAACAGGAAAGAAAGUCUAACUUUUUUUUCGUAGAUUGCGCUUUGUUUUUUGAAUGAUUAAUCCCGGAAGUACGAUUAUCCUGUUGUUAGGUUAAUAUGGGGUAACUCAACUUCAUUUUUGACAUGUUUUGUGAUGUGACAGACUGGUUUAACUGGACUGUACAGGGUCAACCAGACUGGAAGAAAGAGGGACGUUCUCAUUAAAACGACCGUUGCUAUGCGGUUUAAGUCGCGUUAUCAGAAGAAACGUACUAGGCGCAACUGUCAGUGAAUUGUUGUAACUACCAAUGGAAAGCUCAUCGGUGUUUGGUGUUCGUCUGUCCCUAAAGCAAAGAUAUUUCCUCCUGCUUUGUAUUGCUGUCGGAGCCAUCAUUUUUUAUCAGUUUACAAGGAAUCACCCUGAGACUAGAAGAAUGAGUCGCUUGGAGGGUCUGAGGGCCAACUCGUCUCAGUUCACUCUGGAGAGAAAACCUUUCUGCAUCCUGGGAGGCUCCAUCCAUUACUUCCGCGUCCCCAGAGCCUACUGGGAGGACAGGCUGCUGAAGAUGAAGGCCUGUGGCCUCAAUACUCUCACAACAUAUGUGCCAUGGAACCUGCAUGAGCCUGAGCGAGGGGUGUUCAACUUUGAGGAUCACCUGGAUUUAGAAGCCUACCUCCGCCUUGCAGGAAGCUUGGGCAUCUGGGUGAUUCUGCGUCCAGGGCCCUACAUCUGUGCUGAGUGGGAUUUAGGUGGACUACCAAGUUGGCUGCUACGUGAUCAAAACAUGAAACUGAGAACAACUUACCCUGGAUUUACUAAUGCAGUCAACUCCUUCUUUAAUCAACUCAUCAAGAAAGUAGUUCCGCAUCAGUACUCCAAAGGUGGCCCAAUUAUCGCAGUUCAAGUGGAGAAUGAAUAUGGCUCCUACGCACAAGAUAAAGAAUACAUGCCAUUUAUCAAAGAGGCGUUAUUGUCAAGGGGCAUCACAGAGCUGCUGCUGACCUCAGACAACAAGGCAGGACUAAAGCUUGGAGGAGUGAAAGGAGUACUACAAACCAUCAAUUUUCAGAAACUGAACCCAGAUGACAUCAAGUAUCUGGAUGAAAUACAACCUCAGAAGCCUAAGAUGGUGAUGGAGUACUGGUCUGGCUGGUUCGAUCUGUGGGGAGACCUUCAUCAUGUGUAUGCAGCUGAGGACAUGAUACCUGUGGUCACAGAAAUCCUUAAACUGGACAUGUCCAUCAACCUCUUCAUGUUCCAUGGAGGGACAAAUUUUGGCUUCAUGAACGGGGCUUUCGCUCUAGGAAUGCCAGGACCUAAACCUAUGGUGACGAGCUACGAUUACGAUGCUCCAUUAUCCGAGGCUGGGGAUUACACCACCAAGUACCAUCUUCUGAGGAAUUUAUUCAGCCACUACCACACCCAACCUCUCCCUGAACUGCCCUCUCUCCAGGAGAGGAGAGCAUACCAUCCUGUUGUCAUCCAGCAGCACCUGUCUCUGUGGGACAGUCUGCAUUUCACUGACAAGCCUUUGAAGUCAGAGAGGCCGGUGAACAUGGAGAAUCUCCCCGUCAACAAUAAAAACGGUCAGUCGUACGGCUACACGUUGUACGAGACCACCAUCACCAGUGGAGGAGUCAUCAACUCAAACAACAACGUCAGAGACAGAGCACUGGUUUUUGUGGACAAACAUUUUGUUGGUGUUAUGGAUUAUAAGAUACAAGAAUUAGCUCUACCCGAUGGAAAGGGAAGAAGAACUCUAAGUUUACUGGUGGAGAACUGUGGAAGAGUGAAUUAUGGGAAAACCCUGGAUGAGCAGCGCAAAGGUCUGGUUGGAGAUAUCGAGUUAAACAAGCGGCUCCUCCGAGACUUCAUUAUUCAUAGUCUUGAUAUGAAGCCAGGCUUUGUAAACAGACUUGAGACAGCAGGCCACUGGGCGUCUAUGCGUCAGCGGCCCACCUUCCCAGGGUUCUUCCAGGCAAGACUCUAUGUGAACAGCUUUCCUAAAGACACCUUCAUCAAACUCCCUGGAUGGAUUAAAGGCGUCAUCUUUAUCAACGGCAAGAAUCUUGGACGUUACUGGUCCAUCGGUCCGCAGCAAACUCUCUAUGUCCCAGGCCCCUGGCUUCACAGGGGGGACAACCAGGUCAUAGUGUUUGAAGAGCAGGAAACAGAUGGCAAGAUCCAGUUCGCCAGCAGCCCUGACUACGGCAUGGCUGUCGAUGUCCAGUGAGGACAGGAGGUCAGAGGGGAGGGUGGAUGACGAGAGGAGGAGGAUGGGAGAGUAACUGGGGAGGACAGGAUUGAGGCGACAGCCGUGGGUUUCGUCCACUCGGCAGCUGCAACCAGGAGCACUCAAAAGUGACACGUCAGUAAACAUGACAUUUUGUGUCCUACCAGAAGAUGUCGAUGCAGCAGUGUAGUCAGCUUCCUCACAGCCAUUUCUCAUUAAGUGACUGUAUAUAUGACAUUCUGUUGAAUCCUUUUUAUUCGGUUUAGCAACAGUAUCAUUAACCUCCACCCAUACACUGCGUAAUUGAAGACCAAGGGGCUGUGACAGAGAAUGAUCUUGAUUAUAAUAAAGUGCUCGAAACUGUC